CUGUCAAAUAUUAUGCCAAAUCUAAAUGAUAUGUGACAGUUACAAAUUGUUUCCAAAUUUAUGAGAAUUCGCUAUUUUCGUUUUAAAAUUUCAUGCCUUCUUUAACUUUUAGAUACUUUAAGAAGAUGGCGGAUUCGCUGGAGACGGUUUUAUUUGAAAAAAUAAAUGGAGUUGGCAUUAUUACAUUGAACAAGCCAAAAGUUUUAAAUGCUAUAGAUCUUACUAUGAUAAGAAAAAUAUUUCCUAAAUUAUUAGAAUGGGAAAAAGAUUCACAAGUAAAAAUGGUAUAUAUUAAAGGUGAGGGAAAUAAAGCAUUUUGUGCUGGUGGAGAUGUAAAAGCUGUCACGGAAUCAGCCCAGAAGAAUGACUUUAAGCUUGGGGAAACAUUUUUCCGAGAAGAAUAUUUAAUGAAUCAUAAAAUAGGAAGUUACAAAAAGCCUUACAUAGCUAUGAUUAAUGGAAUCACAAUGGGAGGUGGUGUAGGAUUGUCUCUACUUGGAGCCUAUAGAAUUGCAACAGAAAAAACAGAUUUUGCGAUGCCUGAAACAGCCAUAGGCUUAUUUCCCGACGUUGGGGCAUCUUAUUUCCUACCCAAACUUCCCCAUAAUUUAGGGUUGUACCUAGGAUUAACUGGGCAAAGACUCAAAGGACACGAUGUAUACAAAGCAAAUAUUGCUACCCAUAUUAUCUCUUCAGAAAAGAUCUCUAGUUUCGAAAAAGAAUUGUUAUCCUUACCACACAUAUCAAAAACAUCUUUGGAAGAUUUAUUAAAGCGAUACAACUAUAAAGACCUAGAAUCCCAAACCCAACCAAAACUUAACGAUAAAACCCUUCCCCUCAUUAACAAGCUAUUCGAUCCCAAAUCAUUCACGACGAAGAUAUCCGGUGUUCCUUCCGUUUCAUUUGAGGGUUUUCGUCAUAAUUUGAUCAAAGUUUUAUACCAAAACAUGAGUGACGAAGAAUCGAUGAAAAAUACGAUACUGGGUAAGGCCGGACCACAACUUUUAUCAGACCCAGAUAAUGUUAAACAAGAUGAUGAUAUAUCUCUUAAUACCUUGUCACCGACGUCAUUAAAAUUGACAUUUAAACUCUUAUGUGAUAGCACAAACGGUAAUUGGGAUUUAAACGCGUGCUUGAUUCACGAAUAUAGACUCUCCUGCCGUCUUUUGAGGCACAACGAUUUUAUUGAAGGGGUCAGAGCUGUAUUGGUGGAUAAAGACAAUAAGCCUAAAUGGAAGCCCUCGACGCUGGCAGAGGUAAAAGAUAGUGAUAUCAACAAAUUUUUUGAACCUUUCACGCCUGUCGAAAAUAUAGAAGAAUUGAAAAUUUUGAUAUAAAUUUACUUUUAAAAAAAAUAAAUUUAUGAAAUAUUUAA